GUUAUUCUUCAAUAAGCGUUAGUUAAUAGGGAGAUUGUAUUUGGAUAUCGGGGGACUUUUUUCGGGGGAAGUAUCCUACUUCUCAAAUUUCGGCUUCUUCCUUCUCCGAGCAAUGCGUGUCCAUUUUGAAGUCCUAGAUCUAUCCUUUUUACACUGGCGCGAUAAGUUUGAAUGAAACAAAAUAUAAACAACUGAAUGAAGGUAUGAUAGGAUUUGCACGCUUGUGCGACAUUCCAAUGAGCAUUCGUAGCUAGUGCACCAUUAUAAAUUUGUAAAUUUGAAAUAUUACAGUGAGACAGCGUGCGAAAGACGAGAAGGUCACCACGCUCGAAAUUUACAACGUGAAUAAUCCGCACUACAUCGGCGCGCGUCAUGAUUGGCGUUCGAAGAAUUACGAAGAUGGAUAUGUUAACCGAAGCGGUUGCCAAGCCGAAGAUCGCCGUGCUCAAGUUCGGUCUGCCCAAGUGGAAAGCUAUGUCUUUGGAGCACAAGAUACCCAUGAUACCCAACGCGCCGAAGGACACUUACAAUCUAACGCGAAGCAAAUUAGGGAAGAAAUUAUGGGCGGUCGGGCCGAAGGCCGAAUUUGAUCUGAGCGACCCUUACUGCCGCGAAACCAACUUCGCCUACGAACCCCUACAUGACGAGCAUCUGCUCGGAUUUUUUUCCAAACCGGCUAAUAUUAAGUAUCUACUGAAUACCGACCUCAUCACAGAGGAUUUGCACGUGAAAUGCACGCUGCGCGACUACAACGCGUACAGAGGAUACCUGAGAAAGACACACGUCAACGGUAUCAGAAGGGAACUGAGGAGGAGGAACCGGCUGCUUGUCGAGCAGAGAGCCCUUCGUCGCGCUGACGAUCAGGCGCGAAAGGAAGCGAAGAGACUGGAGAAAAAAAUAAAAUUGACCGAUGUUAAACAGCUUAUCGCGCAGCAACGAGAAGCAAGACUUAGGAUGCAAAAGGAAAGAGACCGCAAUGUGGCGCAGAGAUUAAAACUGUCGAAGUUCAUCAAGCAAGAAGGAUGGAAGCUGAUAAACGCCAAACGCGAGGAGCGAUACGAGCGGAUACAGCAAAAGUGCAAACUCGCGCGUCGUGAGAUGAUCGAGGUUUCCAUGGAACGGAAAAGAAAGGAAAGAGCGCGAGCAAGAGUCAGGGAAAAGCGACUUGUUGAUGCUGAACGACAAAAACGGAAAGACACAGAAGAAAGCGAGAGAGGAUUUAGCGAGGUUUUACACACGAUGCACUUUAGAUGGAAGAGGAAACGAGACUUUCAGGAAAGAAACAUCGCAGAGCAGGAGGUAUUGUUGCAGUGCUUAAAUACACGCCGCCAAGUCUUUAUAACGAAUUACAACGACAAAAUAAAGAAAGAAAGAGCGAGAAUGGAAAGGCUUUUAGAAAAUACGAAGCUAUUUACAAACUGUUACAUAAGAAGAUACUUACCUGAUGGGAGGCGACGUAUUUGUUGUGAGAAAUAUCUUCAAACCGACACGGAUAGAAAAGGAGACGAAAAGAAGAGGGAAUCGUGGAGGUCGACGUAUCGAUCGCGCGAGUUAGUGAAGUCAAAAGAAGCCAAGGUUGUAAAAGUAAAAUUUGGCCAAGAUUUAAGGCGGAAGGGCAAAUCAGUGCACACGGAACUAGGAAGGAAACACACUGUGAGAAAAGACGAUUAUAAUAGAGUAAAAAAGCAUAGAAAGAUUGGAAAGUUAAUGAUUCAAGAAAGAAGAAUCAAAGUAUCUCAACGAUCUGUGACUUUGCCGAAAGUCGAGCCAACAAAGGCAGCAGCUUUUGGCAAGCAGACAACGUUAACGUUAAAAAACACGCGUCAGUGUCGAUGUCGUUUCGCAAAGCCAACAAAUAGUGUUGAGAUGUAGCCAAACAAGCACUGCACUUACCUCGAUAGCUCUCUUGACAGCGGCACACAAAGCGAAGUAGCCAGUCUGACCGUUUACUGUCCAUUUCUUACUGCCUGUUGCAGUCCAAAAUGAAAAAUUCAACGUGUCCAAG